GCGACUGUUGCGGAAUGACAUUCCAGCCCGCAACCUCCGGUCUGGUAUCCACCGGGGGUUGUUAUAGUGCAGUUGGUUUCACCUCCGAAGAGGCUACUUGUCCCCCGGACCACGUAGAGGGGCAUUGGUCUUCUCCCUGGGCGUGGGUCUCGGUGAGGAGCGCAGACAUCCUCGGUACCGGUGGUCCAGUGGUUCGCGGUGGGCGCUCGCUUGCACUACGAUCAGUCAAAGUGCUGCAUAGAUGCCCUAACGUGAGCUUGGCGAACGUAUAUAGCAUCACCUGCUUUUGCUUGCAGGAGUGUAGGCAAUCCUACUACAUGUACAAGGAACCUGCCUAGUACACAACGAGGAAACGAACAUGGAUGCACCCGUACUGGUCCUGACGCUCGAUCCGGACGAUCCAAUAAACACCACGUUCCUCUCCUCGAGCGGCAAGCUGCUUUACAAAGUGAGCGCGACGCGCACCUCACGGGGCUCCGCCAUCCGGGUGAGCGACGCCUUCAGCGCGAACGUGGCUACGCUUGAGAUGAGCGACUUCGGGCUGAGUUCCUCAAGGGUACGCAUCGGGGAGGGUAAGCCGGUGGCAUAUGGAAAGUGGCUGAGUAGGAGCAUUCUACCGUUCGAACGUGAUGUGACCAUGAAGGAUGAGAGCGGUCGGAAGUACAAGUGGCGGGAAAAUGGCCACCGGAAGAUGCUGCAGCUCUUCACUGCCGAGGACGGCACGCACCCUAUCGCUAGCUUCAGCCAGACACUCAGUGACGACGGUACUAACAGGCUGGUCGCGACCCUCGCGCUGGACGCACGGGCAGAGGAGAUCCGCGACCAAGUUGUCGCAUCGUUCGUGUUCCUAGAGCGCGAGCGCAGGGCGCAAGAAGGCACAAUUGAACGCAGGGCAGCGAGCGAGACGGGCCGGAUGGCGUCGAACUUGUUGUCUAAUGGGACCGCGUACUAGGCGGCAAGAAGAGCCAGGGUGGAACGUCGAACGUCAACGACGAGAGCGUUUCAGAAUGGUUGCGAUGUAUGCGGUCUAAAGAGAUAAUACAUUUACAUCCGCGAACAG